AGGAGACUCAACACGACAAACGACACAAAAUGGGCCGUCUCAACGAGUACCAGGUCAUCGGGCGCCACUUGCCCACCGAGGCGAACCCGACGCCCAAGUUGUACCGCAUGCGCAUCUUCGCUCCCAACACAGUUGUUGCCAAGUCGCGCUUCUGGUACUUCCUCACCAAGCUCAAGAAGGUCAAGAAGGCCAACGGUGAGAUUGUCAGCCUCAACGUGAUCACCGAGAAGCGUCCCACCAAGGUCAAGAACUUCGGUAUCUGGUUGCGUUACGACUCCCGCUCCGGCACCCACAACAUGUACAAGGAGUUCCGUGAGCUCAGCCGAACUGAUGCCGUCGAGUCCUUGUACCAGGACAUGGCUGCCCGCCAUCGCGCCCGAUUCGGUUCCAUUCACAUCCUCCGUGUCGUUGAGAUCGAGAACAACGAGAGCAUCCGCCGCCCUUACAUCAAGCAGCUCCUUACCAAGGGCUUGAAGUUCCCUCUCCCCCACCGUGUCCCUCCCCAAUCUGGAAAGGUCUUCGCCUACAAGCGCCCAUCUACUUUCGCAUAAGCAUGCUGUGUUUCUCUUGGGGUUUGAGGAUUUGCGGUUCAAUGAUUGUGUAAUGGCCAUAGCAUUCGAUUAUGUUUGUUACAAAAAAAAUAUUUCAAUGAAGAAUUUCAAACAUACGAACGUUUACAGAUGAGACGAUUUUAGUCCAUGUUCGCACAAACAAAAGCUGGCUGCUCUUUAUGGGUAAUUUUGAUGGCUUCAUAUUUCUCAUGUCCUUUUCUUAUAUUCCGAAUGAUAUCAAAUGUUCCACUGAACUCUUGGGCCUGGUCGCUAUGAAGCGGUCGCUUGUGACGGGUUAAAAAGCAUCCU